UUAAAUUAAAUUGUAUAAUAUAAUAUAUAAGAAAUAAAUUUCUUUUUAUAUGGUUUCAUACAUAAAGUUGCAGCACAAAAUUUUAUUCAAGUACCUGAUGACCGCCGUUUCGUAUCGUCGUUACGUCCCGCGUUUGAUCAAUGAAAUUCCGCAACCAUCUUUGCGAGCCGUAUAUCGCAUAGUUCAUAUCUCUUUUAUAAUCAUGGUAAAAUUAACGAUAGACAUUAUCGAAAAGAAGUAUUCUCAAAUGUUGAGUACUAAAUCUCUUAGUAAAACAACGAAAAAAGAUGAAUUGUGGAAGUUGACUCACUUACAUAUGAAUGAUAUGUUUAUCAGUAGUAUCGGCGACAUUGACGUUUGUAAAAGUUUGAAAGUUAUAUAUCUUCAGAAUAAUAAUAUAUCAAAAAUAAAAAAUCUACAUUUCGCGUGCAAUCUGACACAUUUGUACCUACAACAUAAUACCAUAAGGAAAAUGGAAAAUCUCGAAUCUCUAGAGAAUCUUCAAAAGCUUUAUCUAGGACACAAUAAUAUCAUUGUGGUUGAAGGAUUACAAAAUAUGAAGAAACUACUAGAAUUGCAUAUCGAGAGUCAAAAUAUACCACUCGGCGAAUCAUUAUGUUUCGAACCACGCAGUGCUUUUGCUUUAUCCCCAUGUCUAAAAGUUCUUAAUAUUUCUGACAACAAAAUUAUAUCCUUGAGAAAUCUAACAGGAUUUCAAGAAUUACUUACGUUGGAUGCAAAAAAUAAUCUCAUUGAUAAUAUGGACGAUUUGAUUACGACAAUAAAUACGUUAACGUCUUUAAAAGAUUUAUCUUUACAAGGCAAUCCUGUUACUUGGUAUUACAGAUACAGGGAAAAUGUUAUCGCCAAUAGUAUUUUGCUAGCUAAUUUGGACGGAAAAGUUGUAACUAAUAUUUGUCGAAGUUUUAAAAAAUUUAAAAUGGAGAAACACAAUCGGCACACAAAGAAUGCAUCUAAACGCCUAUUAGGAGAUGACAUUGCAAGUUCUCUAAACUUGCCGCCAGCUUUCAAAAGAUCUAUUUCGAGAGCAAUUUUUCAACAUCCUGGACCCCAAUUGUCUAUAACAAUUAUCCCUGGAUCUCUUUCGGUAGGAAGCCAUCCACAAGUGUUUCCAUCUUGGAAAUCAGCAUCUGGCAUCAAAAGUAUUAAGGAUAAUCAUGUAACACCGAGGCCAUUUUGGAGUAAUGUAAUUAAAAACAAGAAAGUCCGUUCCACACAUUCUUGCAUUGAUAAUAAAGCAGUCAUAUUGCCACUCAUUUGAUUUUGUUUACCAAUCUAACGACGAAUUUAUCCUUCAAUAAUUAUUAUUAAUGUAUUUAAUCGUUUUCAUUUUAAAUUUAAUUA